GUUAUCAUUACAAAUUUUCUCUUGCGCAAAUAGUAGAUUUUUAUAGUUCGGAAGGUUCUGUGCGGGAACUUCUGUUCUGAGCUCACGAUGUACUGUUUACAUUUUACAUAUUGUGUAUUCACUACAUUGUGGUUGAAUUAUAAAUUGUUUCUACCGUGUUAAAGACACAAGUUCUAAUAUUAUGAUUAAUAUUAACAUUAAUAUUAUUCCCAUAUGAACCAGCUGACGCAUGUCCGUGUACAGACGGAUAAACAUUUUAUUAUCGAGAUUAUAUAAUCGCUUAUCAGUUUCAAAAACACGUGUGAUACUAUAAAAUUAAAAAAACAAAAGUUUUGAAUAGGUAAACAUGGCAAAGUCUCAAGAAGAAAUCGUUCGUAUAUUUUUUAACCAUUUAUCAAGAUCCAGUUAUGAUGAUGCAAAAGUGUUUAUGGAGAAACAGCGUUUAGUAUACUUAAACAAUGCUUGGCCCAAGGCAAUGUUUGAUAUUCUAUGUGAUUUUGCUUUGGCAGAAAAGAACUACUAUGAUACCAAUUUUGAACCUUCAAAAAAUAAAAUAGUUGAGCGAAAGGAAAACGAGAACUAUCUGGACUUUGUGUACAAGACCUUGUUUCAAGACCUCGAAAAACUCCAGACUGAGGUUGAAGAUAACUAUGUUACAAAAUUUAUGACUACGCUUCUACAGUUUAUAUCCGUUAGACUCCAACUUCUUGAACUAUAUGAUAAAUUAUAUGAAAUUGGAACAUUGAACAGUUGGAUUAAUUUUAGUGAGCUAUCCGAAACUGUUGAAAAUAUUCAGAAUGAUCUUAUCAAUUUUUCACCUGUUGAUCAAGUAUUAAGGAUUGUACGAUAUGAGCUGGAUUGCAUUCGACAUUUAUUCAAGUGUCAUGAACAUUUAGGGGAUUGGUCAUAUUUUAAUUCAUUGAUUAGCUUAAAAGAAAGUAGUGAUGCAUUUAUCGUUUGGGAAAAAUGUUAUCAAAACCAAGAGGGUUGGAGAUUUAGCUCAUUGUUUAAGAGCAAAAGUACGUUACCUCCAUUGCUUUUAUGGUUCCAAAGAUUCAAACACAUGACAAUUUCUAAAUAUAUGUUGUAUUUUUAUGGAAUUCUUAUACGACAAUCAUCAUUGCGUGAAGUGAAAAAUACAUGUGAAAUCAAAAAUUUACAUUUUUUCACAAAGAUGCAACAAUUAAAGCAGAAGGCAGAGGCUUUAUCUGCAAUAUUGGUGUAUGAAACUCCCGAUUAUCCUUCUGAUAACGACUCUUGUAAUGAGGGUUCACCUACCCCACCUAUAACUAAAAUGGAUCCAUAUUUUAAGUAUAAAGUUAUGAUCAGUUAUCCAAAGGUCCCAGUUAAAUUUGAUGUGGUAGAAAAGAUAAGAAUUAAUGAAGAAGAAAACUCAGUAAAUAAAAUAGAAAUGAUUACAGAUGAAAAUAUCACUUAUAUGUUAAUGAGAGUAGACUUGAAAGUAAUUUUUAUCAUGUGUUUUGAUGGCAAACCAAAAAAUGAAGAAAGAGAGAAAGCAAGCAUAUUAGAAUUUGUUUCAAUGCUUCGAUGUCAUAGAUAUUUUACUUCUGUUAAUAGAUAAAUAUACUUAUAAAAGAUUACCUUUAA